GGCUGGGGAACCGAGCGUAGAGACAGCGGUCGGAGGCAGCCCUGCAAGCGGCCGGCAAGAGAGUAAAACCGUAGGAGCGAAGGAGGAGUCACCAGAGACUUUCUCACCUACAUAAGCCUCGGAAAUUAAGAAGUGGCCGAGCAGCUGCUGGCAAGUUGCAUAAAAUAACUAUGGCAGACGAAAACCAUGUCCUGAAAUCACCACAAAGUGUAACAGAUGCAAAGACUUUAUCUGGUUCUGAAGGGAAAAGCAUUCCUUUUAGCAAAUCUGUUGAUUCUGUGAUACAAGCAGAUGAAAGUUAUAGAAUGGACUGUCCAGAAAUGGGGAUAUGCAUUCUAGUCAACAAUAAACAUUUCCUUCCAGAUACUGGAAUGACACUUCGAUCUGGUACAGAUGCAGACGCAGCGCUUGUUUUAGACACUUUCAGAACAUUGGGAUAUAAUGUGAAAACUUAUAAUGAUCUUUCAUGUAAACAAAUUAUUGAUGUGUUGCAAAACAUUGCCAAGGACGAUCAUAGAAAGAGAAAUAGUUUUGUUUGUGUCUUGCUAAGCCAUGGGGACGAUGGAUUGAUUUAUGGCACGGAUGGCCCUCUAGAACUGAAAAUGUUAACCAACCUCUUCAGAGGAGACAGGUGUAAGACCCUACGAGGGAAGCCAAAGCUCUUUUUUAUCCAGGCUUGUAGAGGAACAGAUCUUGAUUCUGGAGUUGAAACAGACAGCGGCUCAGAUGAAAGAAUGUGUCAGAAAAUACCUGUAGAGGCAGACUUCCUGUAUGCUUAUUCUACUGCACCGGGCUACUAUUCAUGGAGGAAUUCCUUAGAAGGUUCCUGGUUUAUACAGUCAUUGUGUGUGAUGUUGAAACAAUAUGCUAAGAAACUUGAACUUAUGCAGAUCCUAACACGUGUAAAUCGCAAAGUUGCAGAAUUCAGUUCCUAUUCAAACAGACCUGACUUUCAUGGAAAGAAGCAGAUCCCGUGUAUUGUGUCUAUGCUAACAAAAGAUUUUUAUUUUCCAUUCUGAAGAGUUCUUUAUCUUCUGAUAAAGAAGCUAAAAAAAGGGAUAUGGCAGAAUUUGUUUUAUUCUGAGCUAUGCUUAUUUCCUGGUGCCCUGGUGGCAUUAAGAUUUAUAAAGGUAACUAUUUCAGUCAGUAGAACAAUAGUACAGAAUUUUGCAGAUUUAGUGAUAGAGAAAUUAUGAUUUAGAAAAUGAAAAAAAAUCCAUUUGACUUGGAGUAAUUUUCAAUAAAAAUUAUGAAAGAUUCAGUAACUGUUGGUUGACAAAAUAAUUUGCAGAUAAAAAGUACCAUUUUCAGAAUAAAUGGUUAAUUUUGGUGACAAUGUUACAGUCUAUUUGUAAAUAAACAUACAUCCAAAUACUUUAUAUCGGUAUUAGUUGGAACUUCUUGCCAAUCAGAGUAUUUAAGACUGGAUUGUAAUAUCAUUACGCAACAGAAGUUUUCCAAAAUGGUGUAAAGACUAAAAUAUAAGUAGGACUAAUCUAUUGAAAGUAGAAUCAAAUUCCUUAUAGCUGUCUCUUUGUGCGUUUGCUAUUGAAUGCAAAAUGCUCAGUGGCAGACUUUUAGAUUUUACUCAGAGCAUUUUGCUCUUUUAGAAUACCAGCAAUACCUUUAAAUGGACUUAAGCUUAAAAGAUGACAAAAGGUGCUUAGAACUUGAGUCAGAAUGGGAUCCUGGAUUUCAGUUUGUAAUGCAGUAGUGUGUGGUUUUUCACUUGUAGCAUAUACACUUUCCAUAUUCUAAAAGGCAUGCAAAAGUGUGAGUUCUCAUUUCUAAUUUUGAAUGUGUAGUUUGUAGAAAUAUGAAUAAUUUUAAAAUAGAAUAAAAGAGAGGGGCUUCUAAAACUUAAGUAUACAUUUCCUAUGAAAUUCAGACUUUGAGCAUCUACAAUGCAUGUCUCUUUUUUUUCUUAUAAACUUAAUUUUGUCCUGGUUAAAGAUUUGUUAAAGACUUUCCAUUUUUUUCCGUUUUAAAGACCAGGACAUCUGUUGCCUCCAUUCCAGUGAUCCAGUGAUCUAGGAUUUUUCAGAGUGAUAGGCUAGAAUUCUGAGAGCACACCAUCUGGGUGACCUUGGGCUAAUCACUCUAAGCCCAACCCACCUUGCAAGUUUGUUGUGAGAAAAGUAGGAAGGAAUAUUAGGUAUACUUGCUGCCUUGAAUUAUUUAUAAAAAUAAUAAAAGUGGGAUAAAAAUAAAUAACAUAAAAACAUACUUAUAAAUACAUGCAAAACAAAGCUUCUACCUCUCCUGAUAAUGUAUUGAAAGAAAAGGAUGCACAGGAUGUACAUUUUUAUCAGGACAAUUGAGUUUACUCUUCUGGUCUUUGUUUUGGUUACCAAUACCACCAUAAAAAACAAUUGACUCUUAUCAAUUACAAAAAAUGCAAGUGGGUGGGACAGGUAAGAGAUCAAGAAUACUACAGCAACUGCUAUGUGCUUGACAGAAAGGAAGAUCUUAAGUAACAGGGAUCCUAGAAUUUAAGAAAUAUCCACCCUUACAGUGCUUGCUGACCAGUAGGUUGAUACUUCAGUAGUAAGCCAUGGUAUAUUUGCUUGAUAAGUUGCAUAUACUCAGUUUAUUGCUAAAUAAAUUAGUUGUAGAAUAAGCAUGCAGAUAUUAAACUUUAAAAAGAUUUCUCCAUCUUAUACAAAAGUAAUAUCAGAAAGUUAUCCCCAUUUCAAGAAAUGUCUAAUUUAUUAAAUAAUUACAUUUGUGACUUUGAAUUUUCAUAUGACAAUUUAAUAAAUCAUAUUCAUUGUU